AGGUGUUAGCAAUUAUUGAUGACCGUUGGGAGGUCCAAAUGGAUCGACCUUUAUAUGCUGCUGGCUUUUACCUAAAUGCUAGCAAAUAUUUUGACUACAUCAAUGAUGAGAGACUCCCUUUUGAAGAAUCAUGUAAAAUACAAGAUGCAUUCAUGACAGUUAUUGAAAGAAUGGUGCCCGACUUAGCUGUGCAAGACAAGAUCAUACGUGAGUCUCAAAUGUACAGAAAAUGUGAAGGUAGCUUUUCAAGGAGUUUGGCUAUUAAACAACGGAAAGCCGGUGAAGGAGCAUUGGAUCCUAUCUCUUGGUGGGAAACACAUGGAUCUUUGGCCCCUACGCUUCAACAAUAUGCAAUACGCAUAUUAGGCCUUUGUUGCUCCGCUUCCGGUUGUGAGCGCAAUUGGAGCACAUUUGAUUUUGUACGUAUUUUUUAAAUAUUAGUUUGUAAUUAUACUUUUUACAUCUAUUUCUUGACUUAAAUAAAGAGUAUUUAUGGAUUCAGAUUCACACCAA